GACUUGUAUACAGUAUUUCUCACUCGUUCGAUAACAAUGCUUCUGUCCUCUCGAUCCACCGCCUCGGUCCGUGCCAGCGGUCGCGCUGCACCUGCGCCUCGCCGCGUGGUGCGUGUCCUGGCCCACGGUCAUGGUCACGGAGGUGGCCAUGGUCACGGCCAUGGCUCGAGUGGCACGGCGGUGCUGACGGAGAAGGACAAGGGCUUUAUUGCUGAGAUGCGCAAGGUGGCAAUGAAGCUGCAUACGAAGGACCAGGCGCCUAAGGAGGGCGAGAAGGAGGCCCCCAAGCAAGGCCCGUGGACGCCCACUCGCCCGGGUUACCUGCGCUUCCUGGUUGAGUCGAAGGAGGUCUUUGAUACUUUCGAGCGCCUUGUCAACUCCAGCGACGCCUACAAGGCGCUGCGCAACACGGGUCUGGAGCGCGGGCCAGGCCUGGCUGCCGACAUUGCCUGGAUGGAGCAGUCCUUCCAGCUGGCGCCCCCGGACAUGAAGCCGGACGGCGCGGCCGCCACCUACGUGGCCUUUCUGGAGAAGCUCGCCAAGACCGACCCGCCCGCCUUCAUCUGCCACUACUACAACUUCUAUUUCGCACACACCGCCGGCGGCCGCAUGAUCGGCAACAAGGUGUCCAGCAUGCUGCUGGACGGCCAGACCCUGGAGUUCUACAAGUGGCAGGGCGACGUAAACGAGCACCUGGAGGGCGUGCGCAAGUCCAUCAACGUGAUGGCCGAGGGCUGGACCCCGGCGGAGAAGGAGCACUGCCUGGCGGAGACCGAGUCCAGCUUCAAGUACAGCGGCCAGAUCCUGCGCGCUAUCACCGAGGCAUAAAGCAAGAGGCGGUAGCAGCAGCCUCUCAGGAUGCGUUGGGCGGCAGUAGCUGCAUGGAUGUGCGAGUGGGGAAGAAGGAAAGGAAGUCGCCGGCAGUUGGAGACAGGCGGGCGGGCUGGCGGGCAUAUGAUUGAGGCCUGGGCAAGGCCACGCGGGUGCUUGCCGAAAGGGGCAAUAGCAUGCUGUUGGGCGCCCGGGCGCCUGCGGGCAGCAGUGCCCCUCGUGGUGGAGGACCCGGAAGAGGCGGUUGGCCUGCGCUGGAGGUGGUAGGCCACACAGCGGCGGUGUCGGAGGGUGUAGCAUCCAGUAGGGCGCAGGCGGCUCGGGCAUGCCUGGGUGUGGCUGUGUGGGCUGGGCCGUAUGCGGAAGAGGAGCGUUAAGGUAUGGUGGUGACUCGGUUCAAUGGCUAUCGGACGGCAUUAUGGAUGCAUUGCAUUCCUACCGGUGUUGUGCGCCUGAUUUGUUGGAUGGUCCCGGCUGGGCCCGAGCGUGUGCUUAGGCGCUCCAACUGGUGGUGUUUUGUGUGUAUGACUGUGCUUCGGUGACAGGUGCCCUAUGGCAAACGGUUAUGAAAGUUUCUGCAGGUGCAAGAUAGAUGCAGCGAUAUGAGUGAGAGGGUUGGAAUGACGGUGAGCGCGCCUGAGAGUGAGAGCCAUCUCGUGUGAGGGACUAGUGCAGCGAGGGUUCGUCUACACAGCUCAUCCGUGGACGCCGGUCGACUGCCUGCAGGUGCGCAUCGGCUAUGCUAUCCGCGCGGUGUGGCGUCGCAUUGAGUCUGUGUGGUGCUAUCGCCUUGGCCGGGCGCCCGGAGCGUGAGGAAUGCGCGUCAGCAAAACAUCGACACAACCUGCCAGCUACCGUCGGUACAGUAACAGCGCGCGAACGA